UGAUCCCAAGCACUCCCAAAGCGAAGCAGAACACGGCCUGUGAACUCUGUCUACGUGCUUUUAUCUCCCAAUUUUGUGCAUUUCUCUCUGUUCCCCUACCUUCUCUCUCUCUCUCCCAUCUGUUCGUUCGCCUUUCUUUCCAAUACAUUCUUUAAUUUCCCGUCUUCUCCUUUUCCUCAUUUUCCAUCUCCACCCAGACACCAUGUGUGGAAUCUUGGCCGUCUUGGGUUGCUCCGACGACUCUCAGCGCAAGCGGGUCCGCGUUCUCGAGCUCUCUCGCAGGUUGAAGCACAGGGGACCGGAUUGGAGUGGGCUAUUUCAGCACGGGGAUUUUUACUUGGCGCACCAGCGCCUGGCGAUCAUUGAUCCCGCCUCCGGCGAUCAGCCUCUGUUUAACGAGGAUAAGAAGAUUAUUGUGACGGUUAAUGGAGAAAUCUAUAACCAUGAGGAGCUGAGGAAGAGUUUGCCGAACCACAAGUUUUUCACCGGUAGCGACUGUGAUGUCAUUGCGCAUCUUUAUGAAGAACAUGGAGAGAACUUUGUGGACAUGCUGGAUGGGAUGUUUUCUUUCGUUUUACUGGACACUCGUGACAACAGUUUCCUAGUUGCUCGUGAUGCUAUUGGGAUUACUUCCCUCUAUAUUGGCUGGGGGCUUGAUGGUUCUGUUUGGGUGUCCUCUGAACUGAAGGGCUUACAUGACGAUUGUGAGCAUUUUGUGGCGUUUCCACCAGGACACCUGUACUCUAGCAAGUCCGGUGGCCUCAGGAGGUGGUACAAUCCUCCAUGGUUCUCAGAGGCUAUCCCUUCAGCUCCUUAUGAGCCCUUGGUUCUAAGGCGUGCCCUCGAAAACGCUGUGAUCAAGAGGUUGAUGACUGAUGUGCCUUUCGGGGUUCUUCUUUCGGGAGGGCUCGAUUCAUCCCUGGUUGCUUCUAUCACGGCUCGCUACUUGGCUGGCACGAAGGCUGCUAAGCAAUGGGGAGCUCAGCUGCAUUCCUUCUGUGUUGGCCUGGAGGGAUCUCCAGAUCUGAAAGCCGGGAGAGAAGUUGCUGAUUAUCUGGGAACUGUUCAUCAUGAGUUCCACUUCACAGUUCAGGAUGGGAUUGAUGCAAUCGAGGAUGUUAUUUACCACGUCGAGACUUAUGACGUGACGACAAUCAGGGCAAGCACGCCCAUGUUCCUAAUGUCGCGCAAGAUCAAGUCACUUGGAGUGAAGAUGGUGAUCUCUGGUGAAGGAUCUGAUGAAGUUUUUGGGGGCUACUUGUACUUCCACAAGGCACCCAACAAGGAUGAAUUCCAUCGUGAGACUUGUCGAAAGAUAAAAGCCCUGCACCAGUAUGAUUGCCUGAGAGCAAAUAAGUCAACAUCUGCUUGGGGGUUAGAAGCCCGAGUCCCGUUUCUGGACAAGGAGUUCAUCAAUGUUGCCAUGAACAUUGACCCUGAAUGGAAGAUGAUAAAACCCGAGGAGGGGCGGAUGGAGAAGUGGAUUCUUAGAAGGGCUUUUGAUGAUGAAGAGCAUCCCUACCUCCCAAAGCAUAUUCUGUACAGGCAGAAGGAGCAAUUCAGCGAUGGCGUGGGGUAUAGCUGGAUCGAUGGGCUCAAAGCUCACGCGGAGGAGCAUGUGACCGACAAAAUGAUGCUCAACGCUGCACAUAUCUUCCCUCACAACACCCCGACUUCCAAGGAAGGUUACUAUUACAGAAUGAUCUUCGAGAGGUUCUUCCCACAGAACCCGGCUAGUCUUACUGUUCCGGGAGGGGCCAGUGUGGCAUGCUCCACAGCCAAGGCAGUGGAGUGGGACGCUUCUUGGUCCAAGAAUCUUGAUCCGUCUGGCAGGGCUGCUAUCGGUGUACAUAAUUCUGCAUACGAGAACCAACGGGCUGCUAAUGGGAAUUUGGCGACAACGAAGAUUAUUGACAACGUGCCGAGGAUGAUGGAAGUGGCUGCAGCUCCAGAGCUCACAAUAUGGAGCUAACAUUGUUGGGAUUGUGUGAGAUGCUUUGGGUCUCUUCUCCAUGUUAUUGUGGAGGGUUUGUAGCCUAUCUUUUAGAUGUCGCGCUGCGGGCGUUGUGUUAUUAGGUUGUGUAAAAUUGUACCUUAAAUAAGAGCAAGAGAUCUUACUAUCUGUCUGUCUUGUUCCUCCAAACAGUUCAAUUGGAAACCCCCUCCUACUUUGUACUGGUUUUAAGGUUUCUGUCACCAUUGAUAAUGCAUAGUUUUAUCUUUCUGUCAA